GGAUAAACCUGUUCUGGAGGGAGUGACUUGAUUCACGCGCCGUCCAAUUAUCUAGUAGCUGCAUUUAUCCGCCGCUACAGAGCCGUCUAGUCAUCCGCAAACAGGCGUGAACCGACGUUAAAGCUAAUAAUGCUCCACUGAAUAUUUUAUCUGGAGAAGAAGAAAAAAAAACGUGGCCACGAAAUUUUGGUUUGGGAAGCGGCGUCUUUAUUAUUAAAAGACGCGGGCACCAUUUACGCGACACUAUUUUUAGGGCGCUCGCGUAGCGAUAGUGGUUGCGCUCGUAUGAGAAACCGGUUGCAAAUCUGCAGGAAAACAGCAAGGCAGAGCUCCAGACAAACGGAAAGUGUGGCCAGACUCCAGAGGAAGUCCAUUGAUUUCGCCCUCCUCGAUGAGAUAGAUUUGCGAGCUCUACCCGGCGCGUCUGUCAGAGCGAUCAACAGUUGGUGCGAGCGCGCGAUUAAAGGGACUUUACAUGUGAAAGACUGAGAUUUGGCACAGAGGUCCAGUGAUGGGUGUGUGAUUUCAGCACCUCUGCCCUAUGGACACCCGCUCGCAUGUGAAUUGUGUAGUAAUAUGGAAGACAGACUGUUGCAUGUCGUGAUGCAUCGGAUGCAUUUGCGCGUUUAGUGUUUUAUAGCAGACUAUAGAUACAAUGACCAGUCUGUUCACGGCUCUCGGCGCUUUUGCUUUUAUUCGCGUAUUGCAUUUGGCGUAAAAGACUACAGACAGAUACAUACAGUCCCGUCCAUCCAUCCUUUUCGGAUUUAAGGGCGCUUUUUGUUUUUUUUUACCCGCUGUUGACCUUGCCUGAAGCUCUGAAGCAGCAUGUUAAUGAUGGAGAGCACUGGAUUAGACGCGCAUCAGGUUGAACUGGAAGCCGACUAUGAACCACACUGCCGUCCGAGGUCGUGCACCUGGCCGCUACCGUGCCCGGAGGAGGAGAACCGAGCGUUGCCCGUAGCGUCCGUGAAAGUGGAGCCGCGCAACGUGCCGGCGUGUCGGAGCGGAGGGGCGCCGACGGAGUUCAAGCAUCCAGCCGGCGCCCCUGCCCCUAUCGCGGCCGCCCCUGCUUGCAUGUCCGGCGCGGCGCUGGAUGUGGCCGGGCAGCUGCGUAAAUCCAAGUCGUCGAGACGGAACGCGUGGGGUAACCAGUCGUACGCGGAUCUGAUCACGCGUGCCAUUGAGAGCACCCCAGAAAAAAGGCUGACCUUAUCACAGAUAUAUGACUGGAUGGUGCGAUUCGUGCCAUAUUUCAAGGAUAAAGGAGACAGUAACAGCUCUGCCGGUUGGAAGAACUCUAUCAGACACAACCUUUCCUUACACACCCGUUUCAUCCGUGUGCAAAAUGAGGGAACAGGAAAAAGUUCCUGGUGGAUGCUAAACCCUGAAGGCGGGAAAAUGGGCAAAGGUCCCCGUCGACGAGCUGUUUCCAUGGACAAUGGCACCAAGUACUUGAAGAGCCGAGGCCGAGUGAGUCGAAAGAGAGCAGGAGCUGUGGGAAUGGGCAGAGAGCUUGGAGGGCCUGGAAUACAGGGAUCACCAGAACAUGGAAGCCCAGCUGGUAAGGGGGCACUGGGAGUCGGGAGCGAAGAGUAUGACGCGUGGACAGACCUCCACUCCAGAACUAGUUCAUCUGCAUCGACGUUAAGUGGAUGUCUAUCGCCUAUUCUGGCUGAGGCAGAGCCUGAUGAGCCAGAGGAAGGAGGGCUCUCCUGCUCAGCUUCCCCAAGACUUUACCCUAGCCCCACUAGCACUAGAUCUCCAGCCCUGGGAACAGGGGGACACUGUCCAUCUGUCGAGCUCCCGCACUUAGCCGAUUUAACGGGAGCCAUCAGCUUGGACGAAGGUUACUCCCAGCCUUUGCCAGUCAAGCGCAAUGGCUACCACUAUGGCCCUGGGCCCAAGGGAGAGACGUCCUAUUGUGGAACCGUCUACGGGCAACCAUCUAUGGGUAUGCUUAGGCAUCAUACGCCUAUGCAGACCAUUCAGGAAAACAAGCCUACCAGCUUCCAGCGUGCCCUUAGAGCAUACUCAGAGAACAAUGCCCUCGAAAGUCUGCUUACUGGUGGGCCACAGUAUUGUGGUAAGGACAUGAUUGUGGGGCAAACAGGAGCAUCCCAUUCACUUCUGUCACAAUCUAACAGUGCCGUGCACUCUCAUGGCCACAAUCAGAGUCACAAUCACAGCCAGAAUCACAAUCAUAAUCAUGAGCAUGGCCACAAUCCCAGUCAAAGUCUUCACAACGGCCAUGGAGUAUCGCACGAACAAAACCCAAGCCAUCACCACAAUCCCAAUCCAGCUCAUAAUAAGCAUCAUCCGGGUCUCGACUACAGUCACGGCCACAAGCACCACCGUGGCCACGACUAUGUUCAGUCUCAUGAGCACAAACUCAAUGCUAGUCCCAAUCACAUGCACAAUCACAUGCAACACAGCAACUCCAGACAAACAGACCUUUCUCCCAGGGUCAGCAAUGACAUGUUACAACCCUACAAUCACAAAUCACAAAGCCUUUAUGGCUCACGUGCUCACCUCCCUUCCACCGCCCUGCCUCCUAACCCUGCCAGUGUCUUGGAUGUACCCCAGGACCCCUGUCGCCUGGCCUCAGCAUCCCACCCUCGCCAUCAAUCAUACCCGGGUGCCCACCUUCUCCAGGGGAUGACAGAACCCUGGCACGGGUAUUACCACCACCCAUCGCAGAAUCCUAAUUACCAUGGCAACCAUCAAGCUAACCCUCACCAGGAUCCUCACAGCCGGUUGCAGUCUGAGCUUGAAAUGGAAGUGCACCAGAGCAGUCUGGAUUGCGAUGUAGAAUCGAUUCUCCUGAAUGACUUGAUGGACUCGACAGAGGGAAUGGACUUUAACUUUGAUGGGUCGUUGUCGCAGGGGGUUGGCAUGGGUAUGGGUUUGGGGAUGGGAAUGGGGGCAUUUGUAGGAUCUCAACAAUCACACAACAGCCAGAGCUGGGUUCCUGGGUGAGCUAAAUGCAGGCAAACCUUCAACCGUACUGCCUUCUGAAGGGCAGCAGGUCAAGUUGGGGACGGAAACUAACAAUUUGACCAAGAUUCCCUUUUGUUGAUGUCAGAUUCUGGAUAGUUAUCCUCUUAAAAUGAAAACGAUUCCCUCCCCUCUUCCUCCGAAUCCAUUUCCCCCGCUGUGGAAUAAUGUCAUAGCGCCCUAAGAGUCCUUUUUGUGGUUCACGUCCUUCGGUUUGUGGUCGAUUCGUCAACUCCGUCUCUUUCUGGGCACAGGCUCAGAAGCACUUUACAUCUGUCACCAUCCAUUCCGACGCUGUAACGACCACCCCGCGACCCGGGAGGAAUCGCAUUGUCUGCUGGCCUGGGUUUAAUGUAUGCAAACGACUUUGUUAUCCUUCCUGAACAAAAAAGUAAAUAAAUAAUUAAGCGUUGGUGUUGUUUUGCUAAACAUGAGUACAGGAUUGAGCAGUCGCUAUAGCUGUCUGAGUGUCUGUGCCGUCAUUCGCGUUUUCGUCAGUGUGUGAGUGUGUGUGUGCGAUUGUGAGUGUGGAGCUGCUUUUUUUUGCUAAAUGUGCGCACCUCCUCCUAUGGAGGUCUAUUGGAUGUCCCUUUAUUGUGGGCCAGGACAGUCAUCCAUCAGCCACACUCUAUUGAUAUUCAGCAUAUCCUUUUUAAUCUCCAAAGUAAUGCACCAGCUAUGCAUCACUGUUGCAAAUAGAAUGUGAUGCUCAGAGUACGCAGGGCUGUUUUUCCCCCGGACACACAACGGCUUAAUGUGUUUUGGCGAAAGUGAUGAUUAAAGUCACUCUCUGCAGUAAGUGGGGGAGCUGGGGGAGGCGGAGAUGGAGAGAUAGAGGGGGAAAGGAGAAAUGCAAAUAUAUUCUCACUAUGCCCCUUCCUCUCCAUUCCGUGAAUUUCUAAAGCUUUUCCUGUAAUGAAAUAAGGAACGAUCUAACACAACACCACAUCCUGUGCGUGGCUUUUUCCUGGUUCACCUCGGCCUAACUUCUCCGUGUCAGCAGCCAACGCGCUGGCUUCAUUUUGGCUACAUUAUCCCCCUCCCCACGUAGUGUUACUUUAGGUAAUCAAUGUUGAUUGAUUGAAUUUGAAGCCUUGUCUGACCCCAUUAACUGUGUGUUAAUUUAAUACAGAGCUGGAAUUUGGAAAUUUAUCCUUAAUGACUUAACAUUGCAUCAACUUUACUAAAUAACCAUUCGAUGCUGGUGCUCCCUCAAGGUUACAAAGGGAAGUCGUCUUAUAUCCGGCUAUAGAGCUUUACGGAUUGAUUAUAUUCCACCAGCUUAUGUGUCCUAGACUGCUGAGGUUCUUACUGAAACAUUUCUUCUCAUUGCAAACAUUUCCCUUUCGUAACGCCUUUAUUCAGUGAUCACACAGCCUCCAGUGAUUAAGUUAAGGUGUGUAGUUUUCAUUCUGAAUGCAACACAACACCAAGGGUUCAAAGGAAAGACUGCUGUUGUAAUUAUGACUUUGUGAGGUUGGAGGAAACAUACAGUGUAUUUCCUAAAUGUCUUAUCCUAUUUGAGCCACUGGAUAUGCAGAAGAGAAACAUGGAAGAAGAUUACAAAUACAGCUACAAACUGAUACUACAUAAAUAGAAAUGAUUUAUAUACUGUAUAUGUGCCCAAAAAAGGUCCAACCGCACGUAAGAAACGAGACUCAUCUAACAGUGCCUAAAAUACUGAUACAUACUGAUUUUCAGAUUUUUUUUCAGAUUUUUCAGUUGAAUGCCUCCAAGCACAAUACUAGAUAUAUUCAAGAGUCACUUUAUGAAUAGCAGGGUAAAAUCACCUUCCAUCACCAAAUCAAAUCUUUAUAUAAGAUUCAAGAGUGCAGAUUCUUCAUUGUUAAAGAGAAAUUUUUUCCUCCAACAUUUCAGAAAAAAAAUAAACAGCGUCUUAUGUCCUUGUUGUUCCUGUAAUUUUGCCCACUCUUUGUGUACCAUUGUAUCUUGCGUUUGUCUACUAUGAUUUGUGUUAUGUAAAGUGCAAUUUUCCACCUCAUAUUGGGAAAAAGAUGCCGUCUUUUACGGACACACGACUUGAAGCGAACCUUUAUGUUCUGCUUAAUAUUUGAUGAAGAUAAACGAAGGUGGUUACAGAAGCGAAUGAGUUGAAAAGGACGACAUUGUGUUGCUUGAAAGAAAAAGCCCUCACAUAUAGAGUUUGAAAGAGAGUGUGAAAGAAAGAGAAAGAGAGAGAGGGAGUCUGUCAGAGUAGCUUUUCCUCAGCAGAGCUGAAUCAGGCCAAAUGUCAAGUGGCUCUCCACAGUGUUUCUCACACAGCCCGAUCAGAUAGCCAUCCCUCUUUCACACUGUUUCUCUUUCCUGCCAAGGACAGUAAGCCCCAUCCUGAUCCGAUUCUCCCUUUCAUUUCUUUAUGUUUUUUCUCGAGGUGUCCAUUGUGAUCCAGUGGUAAUACUGAUUGCUGGCCCACACCUACUUAUGUGCUCCACUUUAUGUGUGUGCGUGCGUGCGUGUGCGCGUGUGUGUGUAGCACAGUGACGUACCUGAUGUGAGUUUUAAAAUUCAUUGAAAUCGUGCCCUGGUAUUUACUACGCCUGGCCUAUCAAUAAUAUAAUAUACACAGUUUAUAUUUAUUGGGUAUAAAGAUGGGUUUGUGGGUGAUGAUAUGGAGCUCUUGUAUUUCGUUCAUCUUUAUGACAAGACCAUGAUUCUAUUACAGUUCAUUUCUGUUUCAUGCUGUACAAAAAUCUGUAUUGAGAAAAUUGUAUAAUAUUUUUGACAAAUAUCGGUUUUAUUUCCUUUUUCUAAAUGAUGUAUCUGCUCAUCUUGUGGCCUGUAAAAUAAAACAAAACAGAACUUGA